AUGAUCGUGAAGCUGGAGAGUGAGAACAAUGAGAUUCAGCGAUCUCGUCUGCUGCUUGCUCGAGCACGACAGCAAUGCAAUACGCCGAAGGUCUGGAUGCAGUCGGUGCAGCUGGAGAGGGAGCAGGGCCUUUACCAGCAGGCGUUGCACUUGUCGGAGGAGGGCCUGAAGGAGCAUCCCUCCUUCGCGAAGCUGUGGAUGAUCGGCGGUCAGAUUCACAUGGAGAAGUCACCACCUGAGCUGCUCGAGGCCUGUGCUGGUAUCUAG